AUGUAUCGCCAGUCUUUUGCUCCUCCCCCGGCACACUCACCUCCACUUCAUCACCCCGUGCCUCAGCAUGUCUCUACAGUACCCAUGAUGCGCUCGCCGCCUCCUCCAACGUCUCAGCAGCCGCAGACGUCUGCCUAUGGCAAUCCUUACCAACCGGCUCCCGCACAGGGUGGCAGUGGGACGUAUGCCCCUGGAUUUGGCGGCUUUAUCAACGACCCCACGGCGCAGAUGGGAUUCCAUAUGGGCAAGACUGCGAUGGCAGCUGGACAGGAAUAUAUGGAACAGAACUUCAACCGCUACGUAUCCAUACCGGCGCUAAAGCACUACUUCAACGUCUCGAACUCCUAUGUGAUCAAUAAACUGGGCCUUGUGCUCUUCCCAUGGCGGCACAAGCCGUGGUCGCGCCAGCAGACACGCCUUACAACUGCUGCAGCUGGCCCGGAUGGCCAGAUAUCGCAGCAGCAGUAUUCGUCCAUGUUUCUUCCUCCGCGAGAUGACCUCAACUCGCCCGACAUGUACAUCCCUGUGAUGGCGCUUGUCACAUACAUCCUUUUGUCGGCGAUGCUAGCAGGCUUUCGCGGACAUUUCCAUCCGGAACUCCUUGGAGCGACAACUACGACGGCAAUCGCAGUCAUGGUCUUCGAGAUAUUUUGCCUGAAACUAGCCAUGUAUAUUCUCAGCAUCAACAACGAUUCCCAGUUGGUGGACCUGGUGGCAUACUCUGGCUAUAAAUUCGUGGGAAUAAUCACCACCCUGCUUACAUCUGAGAUCUUCACUCCCGGGAAAGGAACAGGUAGUUGGGUCGGAUGGGUUGCCUUCUUCUACACAUUCCUGGCCAACGCAUUCUUCCUGCUCCGCUCUCUCAAAUACGUGCUCCUUCCCGACUCAACAAGCGACACCUCCAUGCGCACCGGUUCGAUGCACACGGUAGCUCGCUCCCAGCGCAACCGCCGCACCCAGUUCCUGUUCAUCUACUCCUACGUUGUCCAGUUCAUCUUCAUGUGGGUUCUGAGCCGUGAGGGUCCAUCAAGCACUGCUUUUACUAUGGGCAAUGGAGCUUCGUCAUAA